AUGACCCAACCCCCUCAGCCAAGCGGGGGCGGUCGCUUGCUCAACACAUUCAUCAAUCGUCCAGUAGAAGAUCAUGGAUCUGGAUGGUCUAAUCUAUGGGACGAAGGGAACAGCGACCUCUGGGACCGGGGCAAGACAUCUCCGGCAUUAGUAGAUGUCAUCGAGCAAGAACAGGAACUGCUGAAUCCUUUCACAGCAGAUGGAAAGAGGAAGAAAGCUAUUCUGACCACGGAGCAAUUUCAGGGCUGCGGCCGAGGCUACGAGGUAGUCAUGUUAGCGCUGCAUGGAUUCGACGCAUAUGGGCUCGAAAUCUCCGCAACGGCAGUGAAAGAAGCAGAGAACUACGCCGCGACAGAGAUGCAGAAUCCUUCUGCGUAUCAUUUUGGCAAUCGGCAAUCACCAUCUAGAUCUGAUUCCCCUGGCACGGCCACAUUUCUACAGGGCGAUUUCUUCUCUUCUAAGUGGGGGAGUAAAGGCGGUGUUGACGGGACGACCAAAUUUGAUCUGGCAUAUGACUACACAUUCCUCUGUGCAUUGCAUCCAACUCAACGUACACAAUGGGCGGCGAGCAUGGCUCGAAUUCUCAAGCACGAUGGCCAUGGCCUGCUCAUCUGUCUUGAGUUCCCAUUGUAUAAAGACCCACAACUGCCCGGUCCGCCUUGGGGCUUGAAAGGAGUGCAUUGGGAUUUACUUGCGCUGGGUGGGGAUGGGCAGGUUUUUGGGGUAGUGGGGGAGGAUGGCAAGGAGAAGUGUGCUAAUGAAGUGGAGAAGGGUAGUUUCCGGAGAGUGCUUUAUACGAAGCCUGCGCGGUCGUAUGAAGUUGCCAGAGGAACGGAUAUGUUGAGUGUUUAUGCUCGAAAGUAG